GGUAGCAUGAUUCGGUGGCUGGUGAGUUGAUCUUUGUGCGAACGAAGCAGAGCGGUCGCAGUUAGCAACGGGCGAGCACUCCGAAGGGGAAGCGACACACCGCGGAGGAGGCAGCAGCUUCUGGGGCCGACCGUCUACACGUAAAGCUACUAUACAGCGAUAGCGACGGGCUUAAGAUGGUCACCUGGUGAGGAGUGCCGACGGUUUCAGGGGGCGGGGCAGACAGCGCCACCCAGGUGUGCAGAGUGGGACUGCAUCCUGCCUCACAACCCAACGACCGGCUUCCCCAAGCGCCGCCGACAGAUGGACCGCGCACUCUGAGGGCAGAGCCAGGACGCAAGCGACCCGAGGAGAGGUGCCUGGUGGUGUGGGGGUUGGGGGGAGGGGGAGGGGGGGGGUGGGGCAGGGUUACAACGCCCGCCGAAGCAGCAAAGGGAGGGCAUUGUUGGCUGACGGGAGAGGAGAGGACGAGGGGUAUCCGCCAUGUCGUCGAACAGGACCCAGAACCCCCACGGACUGAAACAGAUAGGCCUGGACCAGAUAUGGGACGACCUGCGGGCCGGCAUCCAGCAGGUGUACACGCGGCAGAGCAUGGCCAAGUCGCGCUACAUGGAACUCUACACACAUGUAUAUAACUAUUGUACCAGCGUCCACCAGUCCAGCCAAGGCCGGGGCUCGGUGCCGCCCACCAAGACCUCCAAAACCAAGACCACCACGCCGGGUGGGGCUCAGUUUGUAGGCCUGGAGCUCUACAAGCGGCUCAAAGAGUUCCUGAAGAACUACCUGACCAGCCUGCUCAAGGACGGCGAGGAUCUGAUGGACGAGUGCGUGCUGAAGUUUUACACCCAGCAGUGGGAGGAUUACCGUUUCUCUAGCAAGGUCCUCAACGGGAUCUGCGCCUACCUCAACCGCCACUGGGUCAGACGGGAGUGUGACGAGGGACGCAAGGGCAUCUACGAGAUCUACUCGCUGGCACUCGUGACCUGGAGGGAGUGUUUAUUCCGACCCCUCAACAAGCAGGUGACAAACGCUGUGCUGAAGCUGAUCGAGAGGGAGAGGAACGGGGAGACCAUCAACACCCGACUGAUCAGCGGGGUGGUCCAGUCUUACGUGGAGCUGGGCCUGAACGAGGAGGACGCCUACGCCAAAGGCCCCACGCUGUCCGUGUACAAGGAGUACUUUGAGUGUCAGUUCCUCACCGACACGGAGCGCUUCUACACCCGGGAGAGCACCGAGUUCCUGCAGCAGAACCCCGUCACCGAGUACAUGAAGAAGGCGGAGGCUCGUCUGCUGGAGGAACAGCGCCGCGUGCAGGUUUACCUCCACGAGUCCACGCAGGACGAGCUGGCCAGGAAGUGUGAGCAGGUCCUCAUAGAGAAGCACCUGGAGAUCUUCCACACAGAGUUCCAGAACCUUCUGGACGCCGACAAGAAUGAAGACCUGGGCCGGAUGUACAACCUGGUCUCGCGGAUCACAGACGGUCUCGGCGAGCUGAAGAAACUCCUCGAGACUCACAUCCACAACCAGGGCCUGGCCGCCAUCGAGAAGUGCGGCGAGGCGGCGCUCAACGACCCCAAAGUGUACGUGCAGACCACCCUGGACGUCCACAAGAAGUACAACGCCCUGGUCAUGUCCGCCUUCAACAACGACGCCGGCUUCGUCGCCGCGCUCGACAAGGCGUGCGGUCGCUUCAUCAACAACAACGCGGUCACCAGGAUGGCUCAGUCCUCCAGCAAGUCCCCAGAGCUGCUGGCCAGAUACUGCGACUCGCUGCUGAAGAAGAGCUCUAAAAACCCGGAAGAGGCCGAGCUGGAGGACACUCUGAACCAAGUGAUGGUCGUGUUCAAAUACAUCGAGGACAAAGACGUCUUCCAGAAGUUCUACGCUAAGAUGCUGGCCAAGCGCCUCGUGCACCAGAACAGCGCCAGCGACGACGCUGAGGCCAGCAUGAUCUCCAAGCUGAAGCAAGCCUGCGGCUUCGAGUACACGUCCAAACUGCAGCGGAUGUUCCAGGACAUCGGAGUCAGUAAAGACCUGAACGAACAGUUCAAGAAGCACCUGACCAACUCUGAGCCUCUGGACUUGGACUUCAGCAUCCAGGUCCUCAGCUCGGGCUCGUGGCCCUUCCAGCAGUCCUGCACCUUCGCUCUGCCGUCUGAGCUGGAGCGGAGCUACCAGCGCUUCACGGCGUUUUACGCCAGCAGACACAGCGGCAGGAAGCUGACGUGGCUCUAUCACCUGUCCAAAGGAGAGCUGGUCACCAACUGCUUCAAGAACAGGUACACCCUGCAGGCCUCCACCUUCCAGAUGGCCAUCCUGCUGCAGUACAACACGGAGGACAGCUACACGGUGCAGCAGCUGACCGACAGCACGCAGAUCAAAACGGACAUUCUCGUUCAAGUUCUGCAGAUUUUGUUGAAAUCGAAGCUUCUGGUGAUGGAAGAUGAGAACGCCAACGUGGACGAGAUGGACUUCAAACCAGACACCGUCAUCAAGCUCUUCCUCGGAUACAAGAAUAAGAAGCUGAGGGUGAACAUCAACGUGCCGAUGAAGACGGAGCAGAAGCAGGAGCAGGAGACCACUCACAAGAACAUCGAGGAGGAUCGGAAGCUCCUCAUUCAGGCCGCCAUCGUGAGGAUCAUGAAGAUGAGGAAGGUCCUGAAGCACCAGCAGCUUCUGGCUGAAGUUCUGAACCAGCUGUCGUCCCGAUUCAAACCCAGAGUCCCUGUGAUCAAGAAAUGCAUCGACAUCCUGAUAGAGAAAGAGUACCUGGAACGAGUGGACGGGGAGAAGGACACAUACAGCUACCUGGCCUGAAUACCUACCCCCCCCCCCCCCCCCCCCCCGGCUCUCCUCAGUUUUAUGUUAUCUUCAUUUUUUUUAAUUUCAUGUCUGAGUAAUAAAGUGAGGAUCCCUCUGAGCGGUGGACAUGUUUUGAGUGUGUAGCUGAUCAUGUGACUGAUAUGACAUGGGGUCGGGGGGGUGACCUUUCUGCUCUCCCCUCCUGUCCUUCAGCUCACUCGCCCCCCCCCCCCCCCGUCUGUAGGACUCAAACGCACACACACACUUGUUGUCAUAUUGUAAAUAACAACCAGACUCUUAAGAGGGUAAAAACAAGCCCUACUUUACGUAAUGAAUUAGCCUUCAGCCAAUCAGAGGGCAGCAUCCAAAGGUUUCUGCAUGCUACUGCCGCCCUGCGACCGCCAGGAAAACAGACAAAAGAUUAAAAACAUGAAUUUAAAGUCGAGUCACUGGGCAGCCGACGCAGUCCUGUGAUUUAAAGGAGGUGGUGAGUUCACGGCGGCCAUGAUGCUUCUUUAUCUGCUCGCGUUGUUUUGGUUGGAGGUCGGUCGGGUUCCUGCAGGAGGCCCAACGGGGGACAUUUGUAUAGUGUGGUUCAUUUUCUAAAUGUGUGAUAAAUAAAAACAAGGAAAGAUUUCUCUAAACGCUUCCUUCUCCAGAGACUUUUGUUGAAUGCCGCGAUAAAGUUCAGCUUCCACCACAUGGAGGCGCUCUGAUGCAAGUACAAAUACUUAAACCAGAUGUUUGAAAUAAAACCAAGAAACAUCCAUUUACAAUAUUUUAAUAUGCUUCACUUUGCACAACAAAAUCCCUGUAAACUUUACAAAAAUCAGCACCUGUGUGAUCAGAGGAAGUGCUUGAAAAGUGACAAGAAAAGUCCACCUGCAGUU